AUGGACCAAAUGAAUUUGGAGGAUGCUGCCAACAUGCAGGUCUCCGAAAAUACUCAUGAAGAAAACAACGACCAAGAAUACCACUUCGGAGAGUUUAUCAAUUCGUAUACAUUUCCUCAAUCUAUCUAUACGAUUAAAUUGAAUACAAUGAUGGACAUUUUGCUAGUAAAUAAUUUUCUCUAUCGAAUUCCGAGUAUGGAAAGGCUGUUAGUGAUAUCGGGAGGAGAAGAUAGAAUGACCCAUCAGUAUAACAAUUUGUUUAGCCCUUGUGGGGAAUAUUUUGUCAAGUUAAUGGAUGGUGAAAUGGCAUUGUUUCGCAUUGAUAACAAAUUGGAGGAAAUUCCAUUGAUGGGCAAUUACAAAAUCAAUGGAGAGGUCUAUGACAUGGAAUGGAUAAGUUUGGAUUACAAACAUAAGGAGCAUUUUAUUGAACCAUUACUGAUGAAAUAUGAUCCAAAUGCUACACCAAUAAUAGCAUCUACAGCUGAGAGUGCUAUGGCUGGAGUGAAUCAACAACAGCAAACAAUGUUGGAUCCCUCCCAAAUCAAAUUUGAAACAUGCAACAAUUUACUAGCGCUGUAUAUGAAAGAUGAAACUAAUGCCAUCAACAAUGUCGUCUUGUAUUUGAAUGGUAAACUACCCAUCUUAAAAUUAGAAAGUACUGAAAGAAUUACCAAAUUCAAAUUCGGAAAGGACCUUCUAUCACUAUUGGAUUCCUAUAACAAAUCUUUGCACGUUGUUCCUAUUUUGGAAAACCUAAAAGCAUGCUCAGAAGAUAUUUUCAAAGCAUGGAAUGACUUUUUUGCAAAUCCCACGUUUCAAAAAUUACAACUUGUGGACAUUUUCGAAUUAAUGGCCACUAGAUUGAACUACAUUAACAUGGAAAUAUUUUCUAGCGUUCAGGAUAAUUAUUACUCGAAAUUAUACCACACACUAUUGCAUCUCAUAGAGAAAAUUGACUCUAUUUUUUUGUUAAUGAUUUCAUACAUCGAGUAUUUGGUUUCUAAUAUUGAGGACAUACCCUUAGAUUCAUAUUAUUUGAUGCUGAUUGAAAUUCAUCAAUCUUGGAAAACCGAAAUUUGUGAGAAUACCAAGUCGAUAAUCUCAUUAUUAGCAGACAUUCAAGCACAGAAAUCUAAUAUUUUCCCUAAUAUCGAAAGCAAUUUUUUCUUUUUCAAGUUCGAUAAUUUAAUUCAACUUGUGCAGUCUCUUUUUGAAACCAUGAUGACAUCUCACUAUUUUUCUGUGACAACUCUAGACAAGUCUCAAUCUCAAAAAUGUCUUAAAACGAACCACAAAUAUUGCAAAAAUAGUUCAGAAUAUUACUAUUAUGUAAGCGACAACACUCUCUACAUAUUUCAGGAAGGAGAUGAUGAUAGACAACCUUUCCAAAUCAUAUGUGGACUGGUAGAUGACGACAUUACAGAAUUGUAUUUAUACAAGGAAAAAAGAUUUAUUGCCUAUUCUCCUCACACGGUGUUGUACCUAGCCGACAACAAUAUCAUCAAAUACGCUCAAUUCGAAGACAGUAUUUCAAUGUUCGCCAUAUCGACACAAAGAAAUUUAUUUGCCGUUUGUUUGUCAUCCAAUGAUAGAAUGUUUUCAGUGUAUGAAAUUACUGAUUAA